UAUACGCGCGUCUGAGACUGUGGGAGUGAGUGAGCGAGCUCGCGGGCAUUGCAAGAAGCUCUAAGAGUAACGCGUUGCUCUCUCUUUCACCUUAACUGAAAAAUAAAAGAAAAAGAGAAGUGCCGGUUUGAAAAAAAAUAUCUAUGAAAAAAAGAAACUGAAUAAAAUAAAACGUAGAGAGAACAUAUUUACACCAUAUUCAUCACCAUCCUCACCAUUAUGACCGUCACCAUCAAUAGCGUCCAGUCUCAUCACACCAUUCCGACCCCAACAGUGCUAAGAUUACACGGAUCAAUAGGAAAGCAAACUUAAUCCAUUGAGAAACACUUGAGAAAAAGAAAGAAAAAAAAACAAUAUAUUCAAAAUGAACUUUGUGUCUUCUGAAGGACAAUGUGACUUUGCCUCCGCUGCCCCGCGACCCUUGACACUCGGGCGCUGAGGUCACACCAAAAGGUCAGAGCAAAGAGGUGAGGGAAAAGGUCAACAAAGGCCAAGUUAAGUGUGGGAAAAGUACCAGUUGGAGGUCACUAGGUUAAACUGUGGCAGCGAGGAGCCAUACACGUGACCACCUUCCACCUCCCCUCCCUUGGUCUUCCUCACCACCAACACCACCACCGCUUCUGAUCUCCCAGCCUCGUCUUCGCCAACCCCUCCUACAGCAUCACUCCACGUCCCCUGGUCUCGACUCUCGCCUCGUCCCUCUUCAACUGGUCGUCCCUCGUCACUCAGGAUGGCAGGGGGGACGAGGUGGAGAGCGGUGGCGAUGGCGUACAGGGUGUGGCUGCUCCUGACGGUGGCCCAGCAUGUGAAAGGCGUGGUGUCGCGGGAUCCCAUCUUUCUGGCGGAGAUCCAGAACCAGACCGUCUCAGAAGGCAGAAAUGUGCGCUUCGCCUGCAGAGUGGACAAUCUCGGCUCCCACAAGGUGGCGUGGAUUCAUUACGAGAACUCUGCCAUCCUGACGGUGUCCAAUCACGUGAUCACGCGCAACGAUCGCAUCACGGUCAGCAGAGACAAGCGCCAGAACACCUACUACCUCCACAUCAGGAACGUAAGGGAGACGGACACUGGGAAGUACAUGUGCCAGAUCAACACUGCCUCCGCCAUGACCAUCGCGGGAUACCUCACAGUGGUUGUGCCCCCCGACAUAGUGGACAACGAGAGUUCCAAUGACGUGAUAGCGCAGGAGGGGAGUGACAUCAAGCUUCGGUGCCGCGCCAAGGGGUCACCGCGCCCGAUCGUCACCUGGAAGAGGGAAGACGGCCAGCACAUUGCCAUCAACAAGUCCACUACAGUGUUGGAGUACCAGGGGGAGGUGCUGCGUCUCAGUAAGGUCAACAGGAUGGACAUGGGCGCCUACCUGUGCAUCGCCUCCAACGGACACCCGCCCACCGUCAGCAAGCGGAUCCUCGUCAGCGUAGAUUUUCCGCCUAUGCUGUGGAUACCUCACCAGCUGAUCGGAGCGAAUAGAGGCAAGACAGUGGUGCUGGAGUGCUUCACAGAGGCUCACCCGACCUCACUCAACUACUGGACACGAGGAGACGGAAACAUGAUAUACGAUUCCAUGAAGUACCGUAUAGAGAACCGUGUGGGGAACCCUGAUUACAAGAUCCACAUGUUACUGACGGUGCGGUACCUAGAGGAGGACGACUUCGGAACGUACCGCUGCGUGGCCAAGAACCCACGAGGAGAGACGGACGGUACCAUCAAGAUUUACGACUCUGGCCCACCCCCGACUAGCCCUCCGCCGCCCACCACCGAGGCUGAAGUCUUCGAAAAAAUCAACAACCAGGUGUGGGACAGAUCAGAGAACAGAACCCGCAAGAGACCGAAUCCACAGGCAGUGAGUGACCUAAACGGAGAGGGUGAGGAGCUGGACUUGAGAGAACAAGAGCGGAGCCUCAACCUCCCCGCCAUCAGCCCCAGCUCAGGUUCCCGCGGAGAUUCCCACGUGUAUCUUCUUGCCGGUCUGGCGGGAACGGCGUGCUUGCUGUGGGCCCGCUGCUUCUAAGGGGAACGCCUGGCUGCCUGCUGGAGACGUCGCCCUGGCUACAGAAUGCAGCACCGGGCGCCACCCAUGAACAUACUUUAUCAGUGACUGCGGCCCAGGCGAUCAGAGCGCAAUGGAGCGAGGGAAUGUGACGCCACGUGUAAACAAAUGAACUCAGUGGUCGGUGCUUAGCCAACCAGAAAGGGAGAUACACGUCUCGGCGGUGGUGUCUCGGGGUUUGUUGAUAUAUGUUGAAACUCAGAGGAAUUUAUCGGUGUUUAGAGAUUCUGAACCUGCUAUAUACUGCAGCCAUAUUUGAAUCCUAUGUAUCCCUGUGAUGUUUUGUGUGUGGUUCGCUGCGGCCGAGUAUUCCCACACCCUUCCCGCUGCUGACUUACUACAACUUACUUAACAUACAGAUUUAACGUUUAAGGCGUUGAAUAAUGGCUUCCAGAGAUAUAUAUAUAUAUAAAUAUAUAUAUAUAUACAUAUAUGAGAACCCUAGACUCCCUCCCUCCCAUACCCCUUCCCUUCCUCCCUCCCACGGUCCUUAUGUCCCUUGGCUUAGGCAGUCCUUACAUUUUAGUUAGCGGCUCCCGGAGGAGGCCCGGGUGCAGAAGGAGAACAGUCCUACUCAGGCUCUCUCAACCCCUCGCUCUCACCCGUUCCGUGGUCGAGGGGUCGUGUUGUGGGUGUUUACGAUAUACGAUUUAUCCAGUGUACUAAAUAAACGCUCAGUGGUCGAUUUAAGAUGUACAUAAUAACAUUUUGUAAUUUGUACACAAGAAAAUACACAUGCACCCCUCUCUCUCUCUCUCUCUCUCUCUCUCUCUCUCUCUCUCUCUCUCUCUCUCUCUCUCUCUCUCUCUCUCUCUCUCUCUCUCUCUCUCUCUCUCUCUCUCUCUCUCACUUGCAGGUAGCUGACUAACAGGUGGGUGCUGCUCCUGUACAUACAAACACACAACACCGUAGAGUGAGGUAGACUAUAAACAAAUCCAGACGUUUUAUGUAUUUGUGUGCGUCUGUGUGUAAAUGUACGCAUAUAUUUCGUGUGUGUGUGUGUGUGUGUGUGUGUGUGUGUGUGUGUGUGUGUGUGUGUGUGUGUGUGUGUGUGUGUGUGUAAUUUUUUUUUUCUUUCUGUCGUGUACAUGUGGACGUGUUGUGAUCAGCGGGAUAUCUAUUCAUUUAUUCCUUACUUACCAAACACCUGCAUAGCGAAAGUUGAUCUCUUGUUGCUUCAGUAAACUUCAAAAAGUGUGUGCCAACUACAAACACUGAUUAGAAAGAGGGAGUUAAAGAAGUAAAGGGGAAAAAAACAGAUAGAAAAAGAAAGACAAGAGGAAAAAAAAAAGAGGAAAAGAGAAAUCACUCACUCACUCCCGACUUAUUUACUUCUUUUCCCUGUCAAAUGUUGUUGUUGGAUGAAAAAUGACUGGAAAAAAAAGAUGAAAGGUUCAGUGAAAGUUUAUUUUUUCCCUUUUUUUUGACUAGGUGGGGAAGGAAUCGAGAAAAGAAUUUAUCAGAACCCCAGAUGGUGCUCUCUCUCUCUCUCUCUCUCUCUCUCUCUCUCUCUCUCUCUCUCUCUCUCUCUCUCUCUCUCUCUCUCUCUCUCUCUGUCUCUGUCUCUCCAGCCGUCGUAAUACAGCCACCGUCAACAGAUUACAGCCAUUACAGUGAGCGCGGUGGCCCCUCUCUACUUCCCUUGCCGUGUAUAUAUUGUAAAAUCAUGUAUGUUACAAAAUAAAACUGAAGAACAA